CUGGGCACCAGCGGUUCUGACCCCCCCGCCCUCCGCGCCGCACCCGAGUGGCCCCCAGCCGAGCGGGCCCCCACCUCCCGGCCCGGCCUGGGCCCUCCUGCGCCUCCCUUGGCCUUUGUCCGGCGCCAGGAGGCCGGUCCCGCGCCCCCCGCGGCCGCCCGGGCCCGGGCCCGCGUCAGGCGCCUGGCUCUGUACGCGAGCCCGGGGAUCUGCGGCCUCCGCGGCCCCCCUCCCCCGCCCGCCCUCUCGUGGAGCCCGGCGCCGGCGGCGGCUGCCCGGGCGGGGGGUUGCGGCGCUCAGGAGAGGCCCCGGCUCCGCCCCGGGCCUGCCCAGGGGGAGAGCAGAGCGGUCCGCGGCCGGGUCGGGUCGGGGCCCCUCCCAGGAGGAGCGUGGAGCGGCGGCGGCGGCAGUAGAAAUGAUGGAAGAAUUGCAUAGCCUGGACCCUCGAAGGCAGGAAUUAUUAGAGGCCAGGUUUACAGGAGUUGGUGUUAGUAAGGGGCCACUCAAUAGUGAGUCUUCCAACCAGAGCUUGUGCAGCGUGGGGUCCUUGAGUGAUAAAGAAGUAGAGACUCCUGAGAAAAAACAGAAUGACCAGCGAAACCGGAAAAGAAAAGCUGAACCAUAUGAAACUAGCCAAGGGAAAGGCACUCCUAGGGGACAUAAAAUUAGUGAUUACUUUGAGUUUGCUGGGGGAAGCGGGCCAGGAACCAGCCCUGGCAGAAGUGUUCCACCAGUUGCACGAUCCUCACCGCAACAUUCCUUAUCCAAUCCCUUACCGCGGCGAGUAGAGCAGCCUCUCUACGGCUUAGAUGGCAGUGCUGCGAAGGAGGUGUCAGAAGAGCAGUCCGCUCUGCCCACCCUGAUGUCAGUGAUGCUGGCAAAGCCUCGGCUUGACACGGAGCAGCUGGCACAGAGGGGAGCUGGCCUCUGCUUCACUUUCGUUUCAGCUCAGCAAAAUAGUCCCUCCUCUACGGGAUCUGGCAACACAGAGCAUUCCGGCAGCUCCCAAAAACAGAUCUCCAUCCAGCACAGACAGACCCAGUCUGACCUCACAAUAGAAAAAAUAUCUGCACUAGAAAACAGUAAGAAUUCUGACUUAGAAAAGAAGGAGGGAAGAAUAGAUGAUUUGUUAAGAGCCAACUGUGAUUUGAGGCGACAAAUUGACGAACAGCAAAAGAUGCUAGAGAAGUACAAAGAACGAUUAAAUCGAUGUGUGACAAUGAGCAAGAAACUCCUUAUAGAAAAGUCAAAACAAGAGAAGAUGGCGUGUAGAGAUAAGAGCAUGCAAGACCGCUUGAGAUUGGGACACUUUACCACCGUUCGACAUGGGGCCUCUUUUACUGAACAAUGGACAGAUGGUUACGCUUUCCAGAACCUUAUCAAGCAGCAGGAAAGGAUAAAUUCACAAAGGGAAGAGAUAGAAAGACAACGGAAAAUGUUAGCAAAGCGGAAACCUCCUGCCAUGGGACAGGCCCCCCCAGCAACCAACGAGCAGAAGCAGAGGAAAAGCAAGACCAAUGGAGCUGAAAAUGAAACGUUAACAUUAGCAGAAUACCAUGAACAAGAAGAAAUCUUCAAACUCCGAUUAGGUCAUCUUAAAAAGGAAGAAGCAGAGAUCCAGGCAGAGCUGGAAAGGCUAGAAAGGGUUAGAAAUCUACAUAUCAGGGAACUAAAAAGGAUACAUAAUGAAGAUAAUUCACAAUUUAAAGAUCAUCCAACGCUAAAUGACAGAUACUUGUUGUUACAUCUUUUGGGUAGAGGAGGUUUCAGUGAAGUCUACAAGGCAUUUGAUCUAACAGAACAAAGAUAUGUAGCUGUGAAAAUUCACCAGUUAAAUAAAAACUGGAGAGAUGAGAAAAAGGAGAAUUACCACAAGCAUGCAUGUAGGGAAUACCGGAUUCACAAAGAACUGGAUCAUCCCAGGAUAGUUAAGCUGUAUGAUUACUUUUCACUGGACACUGACUCAUUUCCUAUUCUGGACUUUCAUGUGAAUGACUCAUGGUUUUGUACAGUAUUAGAGUACUGUGAGGGCAAUGACCUGGACUUCUACCUGAAACAGCACAAAUUAAUGUCGGAGAAAGAGGCGCGAUCCAUUAUUAUGCAGAUUGUGAAUGCUUUAAAGUACUUAAAUGAAAUAAAACCUCCCAUCAUACACUAUGACCUCAAACCAGGUAAUAUUCUUUUAGUAAAUGGUACAGCAUGUGGAGAGAUAAAAAUCACAGAUUUUGGUCUUUCCAAGAUCAUGGAUGAUGAUAGCUACAAUUCCGUGGACGGCAUGGAGCUAACGUCACAGGGUGCUGGUACUUACUGGUAUUUACCACCAGAGUGUUUUGUGGUUGGGAAAGAGCCACCAAAGAUCUCAAAUAAAGUUGACGUCUGGUCAGUGGGUGUGAUCUUCUACCAGUGUCUUUAUGGAAGGAAGCCUUUUGGCCACAACCAGUCCCAGCAAGACAUUCUACAAGAAAAUACUAUUCUUAAAGCUACUGAAGUGCAGUUCCCGCCAAAGCCAGUAGUAACACCAGAAGCAAAGGCGUUUAUUCGACGAUGCUUAGCCUAUCGAAAGGAGGACCGCAUCGAUGUCCAGCAGCUGGCCUGUGACCCCUACUUGCUGCCUCACAUCCGAAAGUCGGUCUCCACGAGUAGCCCCGCUGGAGCUGCUAUCGCGUCGACCUCGGGGGCGUCCAAUAACAGUUCUUCGAAUUGAGACCCACUCCUAGGCCGCGAACUGUUCAGCACACACCAAGUGGACAAGUGGCAUUCAGCAGCGGGUUUGGGACAUAGCGAAUCCGAAUGGAUCUCAUGAAACCUGUACCAGGUGCUUUUAUUUUCUUGCUUUUUUCCCAUCCAUAGAGCAUGACAGCAUCGAUUCUCAUUGAGGAGAAACCUUGGGCAGCUCUGGCCAGGCCUUGUAGGAAAAGGCCCCGCCCGAGGUUCCGGCGUCAUCGGCCACUGCGUGUGGCUGCUCUGAGUGAGGAAAAAAUUUAAAAGAAAAACUGGUUCCAUGUACUGUGAACUUGAAAACAUGCAGACUCAGGGGGGGGUCCCUGAUGCAGUGCUUCAGAUGAAGAAUGUGGACUUGAAAAUACAGACUGGGCUAGUCCAGUGUCUAUAUUUAAACUUGUUCUUUUCUUUUAAUAAAGUUUAGGUAACAUCUCCUGAAAAGCUUGUAGCACAAAGGCUCAGCUGGGGAUGGUGUUUGACUUCGGAGGAAAAAAGUUGCUAUUGCCCGUUAAAGGCACUAGAGUUAGUGUUUUAUCCCUAAAUAAUUUCAAUUUUUAAAAACAUGCAGCUUCCCUCCCCCCUUUUUUAUUUUUGAAAGAAUACAUUUGGUCAUAAAGUGAAACCCGUAUUAGCAAGUACGUGGCAACGUUCAUUCCAGUCAGAUGCAGCUUUCUCCUCCGUCUGGUCUCCCGUUUGCAGUCGCUUCCCUCGUCUCAGGAGGGAAAGCGUCGAGUGGGAGGACUGAGGUGUGUGGGGCUUUGCCGUCGGACAAAGAACGAGGUUAGAAGCCCGCAGCUUGGAGUCUCUAGGUUUUCAACUCUUUCUUCACAAUUUGAACACUUGACGGUUGUCCCUUUUAAUUUAUUUGAAGUGCUAUUUUUUUAAAUAAAGGUUCAUCUGUCCAUGCAG